AAAACGGGCGGAGGCGGGGUCGGCACUGCGCGCGCCUGGGAACAAUAGGAGCAGAAGCCGUAGGGAACAGUGAGGUGGCCCUUUGGUUGAGAGCCGGUGGUCCAAAGGGCCCGGUGCCGGGACCAUGUUCUGCGAGAAGGCCAUGGAGCUGGUCCGGGAGCUGCACCGCGCGGCCGAGGGAAGGCUGCCUGCUUUCAACGAAGAUGGACUGAGGCAAGUUCUGGAGGAGAUGAAAGCUUUAUACGAGCAAAACCAAUCUGAUGUGAAUGAAGCAAAGUCAAGUGGACGAGGUGAUUUGAUACCAACCAUCAAGUUUCGACACUGUUCUUUGCUAAGAAAUCAGCGCUGCGUUGUAGCCUACCUGUAUGACCGGCUGCUUCGGAUUAGAGCACUCAGGUGGGAAUAUGGCAGUGUCUUGCCAAGUGCUUUACGAUUUCACAUGUCUGCUGAAGAAAUGGACUGGUUCAAUCGUUAUAAAAAGUCCCUUGCUACCUACAUGAGGUCAUUGGGAGGAGACGAAGGUUUGGACAUCACACAGGAUAUGAAACCUCCAAAAAGCCUAUAUAUAGAAGUGCGGUGUCUAAAAGACUACGGAGAAUUUGAAGUUGAGGAUGGUACUUCAGUGCUAUUAAAAAAAAAUAGCCAGCACUUUUUACCUCGGUGGAAGUGUGAGCAGCUGAUUAGACAAGGCAUUCUGGAGCACGUGCUGUCAUGACCCUUGGCCGGAUGGCUGCUAAGACUACCUCCUGGUGUGAGACUGCUCCCAACCAAAGUCACUUCUCCACCUCCCCAGGGCCCACUGCUUUUUGGUUCUAAAAUUGAGACAUUCUUUAACCGGGAAUGCUUGGCGGAGGAAUAUGGUUUCUUUUUUUUUCUUUUCUUUUUUCUUUUCAUUUGGGUGUUAGUUUCUUUUCUAUUUCAUUUCUGAAUAUAAUUCCAUUACCUUCCAUGGUAAACAUGUUUGUGAAUCUAUGUUGUAUGUUUGUACUUUGAAGUAUCAGUUCUCAAAAGAGAAUUUGCACUCUGGCCGUACAGAGCCUCCACAGACAUCCACCCUGCUGUCCACAGCUCUAGAAUGAAGUCUAAGAUCAGGGUUCUAGCAGAUGCUGUGCCUAAAGAGAAUGCUUCCUGGCUAGAUGGUAUACAGCCAUCUUCUCAUUCUGUCCUCACAAUAUGCAAGAGGUUUGAUUUUUGUAUUGUAUACGAUUCUCCCCUUUGUAUAGUAAGUUGUAUCUGUAAUCAUAACAUUCCUACAAUUCCCAAAAUACUAUCGUAAGUUUUAGUUUCAUGAAAGUAAACAUUUGUUACAUGUUCAUCUCUUUUAGACAUUGAGGAAGAGUUUCACCUGGAUGUAUAGGGAGGUCUUAUGUCCCUGUGCCUCUUGUAUUGUUGCUGGAAGUGUGCAUUGUGCAAGCCAGGGAGCUGAAUUUCUGAAGUUUGUGUUUCCAAAUCAUAUGAGCAAGUGGAGCUGGUGGUCUCUAAAGAACACAAUGGAUUUUGCCCAUUUCCAGCAGUGGUGGCUGGUCUGGCUCGUACCUGUCUGCAGGCUUGUGUCGCAGGAUGUCCAUUUUGGAAAGGGAAAUUGAGAUUGGGGCUAGGAAAGGAAUUUUGUGCAAUUUCCCCCCAAGAGUCACAUUGACCAAAAAGUCACAUGAAGAGCUGAUCAGCUAAAUGGAGGGCAAUUUCUACUGCCCAAUAAAAUGAUAGGCAUCAGAGAAGCACCAGGUGGUCCUACCUGCUGGUCAAUGGCCUUUCUCCACCAGUCCCCUCCUUGACCAGCCCAGUAAUCUCAGAGACAUUCAAGUUUAUAAUACAGAUAAACCCAGUACCUGGCACUCUCUGUGCAGUGUAUUUCUUAAACGGGAAUAUUUCUGGCUAAAAUUAUACUCAAGUAGUCAAGCUAUGGAAAGCUUCUACCUAGGGUGUGGAUCUGCAUAUUUUCACAACACACGUAUUAAUACUUAGCAGGCGGCCCUUGGCAGAUUCUUUUCCAAGCUGUGCGGCUCACAGGAUCUGUUUCCUGACCAGAGAUUGAACCUGUGCCCUGGGCAUUGAAAGCACAGACCCCUAAAAUAAUUCCUUCCAUAGAUUCAUAGCCAGAUCAGAUUUUCAUCUGAAUCUCUGCCAAUAAACAAUAUGGAAAAUUUCCCUAGUGAAUGGGAUGGAUGAUGUUUUAACUGUAGGUCAGGGGUCACUUCCCUUGUAUUCUGCUCUUCCAGGCAUGUGGAGCCAUGUGCAGGGGAGCCCAGAGUCCAUGUGAGUCAGCUGUGAGGAGGAACCUGCGGUAAAGCCCAUUGCCCUGUUGCCAGCCCAGCAUCAUUCCUGUAUAUAAACCAUAUGAUGUACUUUUCUGAUUCAUUCCCAAAAUAAAAAGUAUGUUCUUACUUGAAGUAAAUAUAUACUGGUUGAAAAAUUAAAAUUUUGUAGGUUUUAUUGAUUUAUGUUGAUUGGUCCUAUAGAGUUGUAGCUAGGAUUUUAAAAUACAUGUUCUUUUAUUUAAAGAUAAUAAGUGCACAAUUAAAAAGAUAAAAGAAAACAUACAAUGUAGAAAAUGAAAGUAAGUUCCUAUUUUACCUACUAAAUGCCACCAUCCAGUGUGCCCACUGUUAACUGAUUACGGAUAUAAAGUACAAUCCCAUUUCAGGUGUUUUUCCAAUGAAAUACUUCCCAGUUUUUGUUCCUAAUGUGAAUGGAAUCUUUUCUGUUAUAUUUUCUGAGUGGUUUUGGAUGAUAAAUAUUAAAAAGCAGUAAAUUAUGAUGACUUGGCCACUUUCCUAUAUAAAGUCAUUUCUUUUUCAUUGAUUUUGUCAUCUGGAACUUUCAGAAAAAUGUUGACUACUGCUGCUAAUAGCUGGCAGCUUAUCCUUUUCCUAACAUGACCUGAAUGACAUAGUCUUCUUCAUCUCUCUACCCCAUACUUCUCCAAGAAAAAGACUUGUGGCCUCCCUCAGUGCAACCUGAAACUUCAAAAUAAAUUUAAAACCGUAGUGAAACAGUGGUAAUUAACAAACAUGAUUUUUUCCAAGUGCAUUUUUUUGAGUGCAUUUUCUUGAGUGAUGAUCAUAUAUGGUUUCUCUUAACUCCCUAAAGUUGCGAUUACAUAUAUAUAACUGUUGCACUAUCUUAGAGUUAUUUCUAGUUAUUUCUAGUUAUUCAAGGUGGAAGUUGAGGUCACUGGUUGGAAUGGUUGUAGAAAUAGUGUUACCUGAUUUGCUCCAAAUUUCUGCUUUUUCUUAUUUGUCUUGGCUGUACUGAAUCCUUUGCUUUUCAUAUGAAAUUUAGGAUCAGCUUGUCAAUUUCUAUCGAAAACAGACCUGCUAGUAUUAUAGAUU